UGGGCAGACCUGGUGGGGUUCGCUCUCCCAGCUGCGUUUGGAGUUAUUUAUCGGGAAAUAAACCAUAAGAAAGACCUUGACAGAGAAGCGGAGAAGAAAGAAGUCGGUUGAACCAUGUCGACGGAGAUGGAGGAGAAAGUGGCAGGAACAGUUGAGGAGGAGGAGCUGCUGUCGGCAGAGCAAAGGGCCUUGGCAGAGGAGGCCGUGGCAAAACAGGAGGAGAUGACGCAGUUUCUCAAGGACAAGCUGCAGAAGGAAGAGCAGAACACCAAGGUGAACUUGCUCAGGUUCACAGAGCAGUGGCGGGUGCUGCUCCGCAAGAAACGGGUCGAUGAGCUGCGCCGCGACGUGCCCACUCUCAGUCAGACUUUCGAAAGGAUGCUGGCUCACAAGGACAGCAUCAUCAAGUGUCUUGUAGUGGAGCUGGAGGAGUCAGAGGAGCAGUCAUCGCGGGUGCUGCAGUCGCACCUGCAGCACAUGGAGCGGCUCCUGGAGGUGCACCAGGCCAGGCUGGAUUCCCUGGAACAGGAGUGGAACACUGAAAUUGACGAACUUAUUAAGGAGUUUAAUGCCGAGAGGGAAUUGAUCAUGUCUCAGUACGAGGCUGACAUUGCGUAUCUGGAGGAUGUGAGCUUUGCCAUGGAAAAUCACUACAAUGAGGUGGACAAUGAAGCCAAAUAUGACUUCCAGGGCACCCAUGAUGACAUCAAGAAGAAGAACAUAGAAGAAAAGGUGGCGUUGCAGAUGCAGCUGGAAGGUGCUGCAGAAGAGCUGAGGCAGCAAUACCAGGACGUCCUGCAGAGUUACAACAAGGCUACGGAAGACCGCAAAAAUGCAUAUGAGACUCUCCGGUCCCGCGAUCACCACAGUGCCCGGAACAUAGCGGCCCAGAAUAGGAAAUUACAGAAGAUGCAGGACUCUAUCUUGGCCAUGCGUGCCAGGCUGAGCGCCAUCCAAAAGGAAAGUGAACUGGCAGCUCAGGAGCUACGCGCCGCCAAGGAGGAAUUUGCCCUUCAAGUUCGGCAGAUGAAAGAGCAGUUGAGCUACGUUCGGGCUAGAAAGAGGAACCAACUGACCAUCCUUGCAGUGCACAGCAACGCUGCAGCUAAAAAGCUACAGGGUGUCAUGAAGAAGGGAGAGAAGCUCUUGCGGAUGUCAGAGAUGUGCCACAAGCUCGAGACUUCCCAGGAGAAGACGCUGCUGUUAAGCACCUCCUCCUUGAAUGCAGAGGAGCAGAGCCUUCGGGGAGAAGAUAUCAUAGAGGCUCCAUCCGCACAGCUGGCCAAGGCCAUGGUGAGCUACGCAGCACUGGAACGGUUUUGGCAAAGGUACAACAAGGCCUUGCUAGAGAAGCUGUAUCUGGAGCGCAAGCGGAAUGUGCUCAACCAGGAAAACGGCCAGCUGCAGCUUCUUCUGCGCCAGUGCUUUCCUGGAUGCCAUCAGAGUGAAGCUCUUAUCUGUGCAGGACACAGUAUGCGCCCAGUCAGUAGAGUCAAAGACAAAGACGAGCCAUUAUGACACGAUUCAGUAUGCUUAACUAUGCAUAAUGACAGAUCUUCUACUCUAAGAUCUCUAGAUCUCUACUAUGAUCUCUAAAGAACUGCUCACAGCCCAUGUCCGCGUCCACGUCCUGUGUGUUUCUUUAUUGCCUUGUACUACUGUUCUGUGUUGCGCCAUGGUCUUUGGAGAAACGACAUUCUGUUCCACUGUAUACAAGCUACGGUACUGUGCAAAAGUUUUAGGCACU